CCGGGCGCUCAAGGUUUCGCGCCUUUGUGUUGAUGACAUAAUUUGAGGAGAAGCUUUCAAUGUCAUGAGCAGCAUUUAAGGUCCAUGGCGAAAGCUACGGCCUUCUAAUUGAAGUAUGAAUGAAAAACUAGGCACAGGAAAACAGGGCCCAGGGCGCUAUUUCCCUGUGCCUCUAGAUCCCUAGGCCUAGGGUCAGCUCGCCGUACCUCUUUUGAAACUGCUUCACCAGCGCAUAUACUGUUGCUGUGCAGGUGAAGCGUUGCUCUGAAACGCUGAAGCCUUCGCAUAUUGCCGCAAGUCAAAGGACGUGAGCUUUCAUUUUUCCAGUUACAUCUCCUCUGGUGGUGCACAAUGAGAGAUCUGACGGCGCUACGGCGCCUACAGCGUCACCUGCGCAUGGAGCCCCACGUCUCGACUUUUGUCCGGUCGCUGUCAACCGUGACAAACCCGGUCGAGGCUACUCAAAGCCCUUUUUCCCCCAUCCCCUUCCUACGCGGUCUUUGGACAGCCGGCGCAGCUCCUGUAGAAGGAUCAGCUUCAUUUCCGUCUGCUGCUUCUCCCGUCGUUAGAGGGUUCGCUUCUGCAGCCAAUGGGAAUGCUGCCCCGCCUGCGCCCACCCCUCCCCCGCCACCCCCGCCAACGCCUGCAUCCGCCGCUCCUGCUGCAGCCGUCGGUGCGGCGGUCGAGAGUGCAAGCCAGGAAGCAGGAGCGGCCGCAGGGACGCCCCCUCCUGGCCCCCAGUCUGCCUUGUGGCGAAGUUUCAAGCUGGCGCUGGGCUUGACGAGCGCCGCAGCAAUUGGGGCGGCAGGCUAUGCUACAUACGCUUACGACCUGGAGCAGAUGGAGAAGAAAGUGAACGAGCUCCGGCAAUGGAAAGACGAGACGAGCGGCCCCGAGCAUAUGCUAGCAAAUGCGGCGACCACGGUCGGGGAGCAGUACCUGGAAGCGCGCCAAAACAUUGAGCAGCAAGUCCAGAGUUUCUCCCGCCCAUCGUCGGAAAAGCUGCUUCCGGACCUGCGGCCCGGCGAGCAACCGCUGGUGUACACGCUUGUUCUGGACCUGAACGACACACUUGUCUACUCGGAUUGGAAGCGCGAGCGUGGGUGGCGCACGUUCAAGCGGCCUGGUGCGACUGAGUUCCUAGAGCAGCUGGCCCCUUACUACGAGAUUGUCGUCUUCAGCGACCAGCUCAACCUGUACGUGGACCCCAUCAUGGACCGCCUGGAUCCCAAGGGCUGCGUGCGCUACCGCCUGUACCGCGACGCCACGCACUACACCCACGGGAAACACAUGCGGGACCUGUCGAAGUUGAACCGCGACCUGUCGCAUGUCAUCUUCGUGAGCGGGCAUGGCGCGGCGGAGUGCGCGCAGCCGGAGAACGUGCUCACGGUGCAGCCCUGGAAGAUGGACACCAACGACACCGCGCUGCUGGACCACCUGCCCUUCCUAGAAUUCUUUGCCCGGCAGCGCCCCUCUGACGCACGCGCCGUUCUCAAGUCGUACGAAGGGCAAGACGUUCCGUCGGCUUUCAGGGAGCGAACCAAGGAGUACAAAAGGCGGUUGAUGGAGCGGAAACGGCCACGUCUGUUACCCGGCUGGGGCAGUUCGCAAUCAUGACACCAAGCACGAUCUGAGGCUGCUUGCAAGGGUCCGAACAGGUGACCGUAGAAAACAAAGCGUUUGAGACCUGAGCCGAGAAUGGAACCAAGGGUGACCGGACAUGUUCAAGCUUGUCGGCUUGGACGAACACGGCAACUUAGAUGACAUGAGGCUCAAUAAUGGCGUCACGAUAUUUGUGGAUGAGAUGCACAUAGCUGGACUUGAGACUGCAUAUGUCGAUGUAGUCUGUCCGACCGUCCAGCGCGCCCAUCAUGCAUGGCAGGAAGACUUACGGGCAUCAUUGUG